CAAAGUAUUUUCUCAUUGAUAUUUUCCAUUUCGAUUCAAACAAGAGCAUAGACUUGAGAAGUCACACACAGAGUUUCGGUGCAUUACUACUGGAACUUCUCUUGAUACAUUUUUUUCUCCAUUUAUCCUUUCUUUUUAUUUUUCCCGAGUAAAAAAAACUAAAUACUCCGACAAAAUGGCACUCAGCGAUGCUGACGUUCAAAAACAGAUUAAGCACAUGAUGGCUUUCAUCGAACAAGAAGCCAACGAAAAAGCCGAGGAAAUCGAUGCUAAGGCCGAAGAAGAAUUUAACAUCGAAAAAGGACGUUUAGUUCAACAGCAACGCCUUAAGAUCAUGGAAUACUAUGAGAAAAAGGAGAAACAAGUUGAAUUACAGAAGAAAAUUCAAUCAUCGAAUAUGUUAAAUCAAGCCCGUCUCAAGGUAUUGAAAGUUCGGGAAGAUCAUGUUCGUAGUGUAUUGGAUGAAGCUCGUCGUCGUUUGGGCGAAGUAACCAAAGAUCCAACCAAGUACCAAGAAGUUUUGUUGAAAUUGAUCGUUCAAGGUUUGUUCCAAAUCAUGGAACCAAAAGCAACCAUCAAAAGUCGUCAGGUUGAUCAAGCAUUGAUCGAAAAAAUCCUACCAACCGCACUUCAAAACUACAAAGAAAAAAUUGGCAAAGAGGUUGUCAUCACACUGGACAAGGACAGUUUCCUUCCAGCUGACGCCUGUGGCGGUGUUGAGUUGCACGCCUUGAAUGGUCGUAUUCGGGUACCAAACACCUUGGAGGCACGUUUGGGUCUUGUUUCAGAGCAACUUGUUCCAGAAAUUCGUACUGCUUUAUUCGGUCGCAAUGUAAAUCGUAAAUUCACCGACUAAACACUGUUAUUACCACUGUUCAGUACAUUCUUUUUGUUCGUUUGUUAAUUUGUUUAUUUGAACCAAACAACAAGGUGACAUAUUCUUUGAAUUUUUAAAAUGUAAUCAAUAAUAAUAGCAACAACAACAAAAAGCCUGAAUAGAAAAUUUCCCACAAAAAUUCAUAAUAAUACCACUUGCAAUCGAAAAUAGAUCGAAUUAAUCGAAAAUAUCACAUUCCUCCGACAAAGAAGAUGAAAAAAAGAGUGGCAGAGCCUCAAAUUAAUUCAUUGGCAUCAAUCAAAGUGAACUUUCGAUAAUAAUAUCACACAAGUAAAAUUCAGUUAUAUCAUCCAAAAUCCAAAUCAAUCCUUCUUCAUUUACCGCUUUGCUCUGGAUGCUCUCAUCCUGGCAAACAAACAACCAAUUUUAGUCGAAACACACAAACACGCAAUAACAGUUAGGAAAGAGGAUUCAACUUUUAAGCUUGCGGCACCGGGCUGCACACCAGUAAGAUAAAUAAUAAUUAUAUAUAUAUAUAUUUGAAAAUGAAUGAUAAAUAGAAUUAUAUAAUGAAUGUUUCAAAGUAUCUACCUAGUUGAAUAUGAUAACAAUAUGCUGUAAACGGCAAUUAUAACACUAAUAUCAACACUAUUAUUGGAGUAUCAAACAUAGUUUACUGUAAAAUCUCUUUGUGUGCAUAAUUUACAUUCGUAAAAAUUACUAACCAUUUCAUUGUUUUUUUCUCUCAAUCGCUGCAGAUACUAAGAGCGACGUGUUAGAUUUUCGGUUUGGUUUUCUUGCUUUAUUUCAUUUUACCUUUGUUUUCCAAAUCUCAAGUGUGGUUUGGUUUGUAAUUUUAAAUUGUUUUUUUUUUUAAUGGCCAACACUGUGCGUUUGCAGUGACAACAUCUUUUGAAAAUGUUUUCGCAUACCAUCUGAAAAUUGCUGCCUUUUGUUGUUGUCAUCGUUUAUUCUUCAAAAAAAAAAGUUUCCAAUACAAGACAAUUGAACUUAUUUUCGUUGCCAAUCAGCAUCACUUUGCUUUCAAUACACCAAAUUAGUAAAACAGCCAGCAGAUUCGAAAUCAUCCAAUAGAGUCUCAGACUCUAUAACAGAUCAACAUCAUAUAUAUAUGUUUGCACCAAAAUUUGCUGCAUUGAUGAGCAUGGUUUUGGCAACGAAUUUGACUUUUAUUGACACCGUUUUAUGAACGCCAAAAAAAAUUUAAAAAAAAAUGUUUUUUUUUUAUUCUUUGUAACAAAUGUGUUAGCUGUGUCUUCUUUUGGUUCAUCGACAUAACAGCAAACAUCCCCUGACAAAAUCAACGACGAAAAAAAAAGUUAAGAAAAAAUCACUAAUGAAAAAAUCCAACUAAAAAAACUGUUCAUACAAACAAUGAAACGAUUUAUGAAGAAUGAUCGAGAGACAGCAAGAGAAGAAUUGGAAAUGUUGUCAUGGCACAAAACACUUUUUUAACCCACUUAUUGCUCAGUAUUCUUUUGUUAAAAUUAAUUUUAUUUCAAACUUGUUUUUAUUGUAAUUUUGUAAAUAUGUUUCUCAUAUGUAAAAUUUAAAGGCCAAAUAUUUAAACUUUGAUGUGCAAAAAAAAAAAAAAAAAA